AUGUUCAGUGGCUCCUCGAGCCCACCCAAAGACAAGGUGAACGCUCUUCCGGAGACCGGCCUCGACCCCAACUCCUUGACCAUCCAAACCGACACUACCGGCACCACCGGCACUAGUCCGCGCGAGAAAAGGUUCUCUCAGUUCUCCCCUCCCGGUGCUGGAUUUUUCCGCCGACCAAGUGAAGAUCAAGCUCCCGCUGGUGAGAAGAAGCGCAGGAGCAGUACCGUCACCAAAGCGGCCAACUUCUUCAAUAGCGCCAAAAGUUCCCUGAGCUUGAACGGCCGGGAUAGUUCUGCUAUCAGCACCAGUCCCUCUAUCGCGGAAAGCCCGCUACAAAAGCUUGGAAAGAUGGAUCCCGCCCUCAGUGUCCCCCAAGGUUCUUUCAAUAACUCCGCUGGAGAGUCCGUACCGACCGCUCGGUCAUCCUUCCGGGUUGGUGUGACUGAAGAUCGCAACCGAAAAUGUCGCCGGACUAUGGAAGAUACACAUGCGUACCUCUACAAUUUCCUGGGGACCCCUGCCCCUGGUUCACCAGGUACAAAUGGCGCGCCUCCCACGACUAGUUUGUCGCAAACUUCAGAGGAAUCUCCCCGUGUUGUAGAAACAGACAAUGGUUACUUUGCCAUCUUUGACGGGCAUGCUGGAACUUUUGCCGCAGAGUGGUGUGGAAAGAAGUUACAUUUGAUUCUUGAGGAAGUCAUGCGCAGAAGCCCCAACACCCCCGUUCCGGAACUUCUGGAUCAGACUUUUACCAGCGUGGACCAACAGUUGGAGAAACUCCCCGUCAAAAAUUCUGGAUGUACAGCCGUCACCGCCGUGCUUAGGUGGGAAGACCGUGUACCCAGUUCACAAUCGGCAACCGGAUCCUCUGCACUCGCUUCCACGGCUGCCGCGGUUACGAAAGGUGACACGGAGAGCACCGCGACUCCGACUCAAGACUCCCCGAAUUCUGUCUUGCCCAAGUUGCAGGAUAAGGCCAUUCGGCAACGAGUUUUGUACACAGCCAACGUUGGCGAUGCACGUAUUGUAUUAUGUCGCAGCGGGAAAGCCCUUCGCCUUUCCUAUGACCACAAGGGAAGCGACGAAAAUGAAGGCAAGCGCAUUUCAAAUGCUGGAGGCCUUAUUUUGAACAACCGUGUGAAUGGAGUUCUGGCCGUCACCCGUGCCUUGGGUGAUGCAUAUUUGAAGGAUCUUGUGACCGGGCAUCCCUACACAACAGAGACUGUUAUCCAGCCAGAUGCAGAUGAGUUUAUUAUCCUGGCCUGCGAUGGUCUGUGGGAUGUCUGCACUGACCAGGAAGCCGUUGACAUAAUCCGGAACGAGCAAGAUGCCCAACAGGCCUCCAAGAUUCUCGUCGAUCACGCACUUGCGCGCUUCAGCACUGACAAUCUGUCUUGCAUGGUCAUCCGACUUGAUUCCAAUCGCGUCAAAGACGUCGUCAACAACAACGCAGACCAGAUAGGCGUGGUGGGAGAUAAUACGAAAACAUCCCAGGGCAUAAGCGAGGCAGAUAGCAUCGUCGAAGGAGCAAGAAGGAAUAUCGCCGCCUCUGGCCUUGCAGACGACCCUGAAGCCGCAGAGAAAGCCGCCCAAGAAAUACUGCACAGUAUGGGAAACAGCAGCCAACGCCAAGAGCCCGGGCCCGAGAUGUCAAUUAAUGAGAACAACGACCUUCCUUCUGUGGACAUCCUGAGUCCGAACAGGAGCGCGAAUAACCCGUCAGGCUCAACGAAGUGA